AUGUGGGCAAAGGCGGCAUUCGCUGCCAGUACACUCUUCGCCCAUUGCUUUGCAUCACCCGUGGUCGCUCCUCAUCUUAUACACGAGAAGCGAGACUCAUUGCCACAUGGCUGGGUGAAGCGCUAUGCGGUGGAUGGCAAUGCUGAGCUGCCCAUGCGUAUCGCCCUUACGCAGAACAAUCUCCACAAUGCGCAUGAUUGGCUCAUGGACGUGUCACAUCCUGAGUCUGACAAGUAUGGAAGGCAUUGGUCUGCGGAAGAUGUCGCGAACGCGUUCGCUCUGAGCAAGGACACCUCGGAUGCUGUGAAGGCAUGGCUGGCCUCUACCGGCAUUCAUGAUGACCAAAACUUGCUCAAGACCAAGUACCAUGUCUACGAACACGAUGAGACGGGUCAACCUCACGUUGCUUGCGAGGAGUAUUCCAUCCCGGCAGCGCUCAAGGAUAAGAUCGACUUUGUGUAUCCGACUGUACACUUUGAUGCUAAAUUGAAGGUCCGUGAUACAUCAGACAGCGUCACGAAGCGUGAAGUCAAGCCUGGAGCUGCAAAAUCGCCUGGUAAACCUGGAUCCGGCUCAUUGCCAAAUUGGAACCACAGCUUCCUUCCGCAUAGCGACAUCAUCAAGGAGCUACAGAACUGUGACAAACAGAUCACGCCUUGGUGCCUUCGACUGCUGUACAAGUUCCCGCCCGGCCUCACCGUGAAUCCCAAAAACAGCUACGGCAUCGUAGAGUACACCCUACAAGCAUAUGUGCCGUCCGAUCUAGACCUCUUCUUCAACAACUUCAGCACCAAGCAGAAGACUACCCUCUACCAAGUCGGCGACACAGUGGAAGGCGCCUCUUUCAAUGACUUCCUCGAUGCUAUCGAUGGCUCCUACUGCACCUACCAAGGAGAUGACGAUCCAUCCCAGGACGCCACAUACCCAGAUCCAUACUGCGAUCCAGCAUCCCAAGACUGCUACAAAGGCCCAAAGAACUGCGGCGGCUUCGCAGCUACCAAAGUCAUCAGCACGUCCUACGGCUAUAACGAACACGACCUCACCCCAGCUUACGAGCAACGCCAAUGCAACGAGUACAUGAAGCUUGGUCUGAUGGGCGUCUCAGUCGUCUACUCCAGCGGCGAUUAUGGCGUAGCUGGCAACAGUGGCCAGUGUAUCAACGGAGCCGGCGUAGAUGCACCAUACAACAACGGUACUAGUGGGCGUUUCAAUCCAAGCUUCCCGAGUACGUGUCCGUACGUCACGUCUGUAGGUGCUACGCAGGUCACCCCGGGAACAAACAUCGUGACGAGCAGGACGCAGCCUGAGCAAGCUUGCGAGACUGUUACUUACUCCGGCGGUGGCUUCAUAACGUAUAGCGCGGAGCUGUUUAAUAACAGUGGUCAGACGAGAGGAUUCCCCGACAUCUCAGCAAACGGCGCAAACUACGUCGUCGCCAUCGACGGCCAAUGGGCCCUCGUCCACGGCACCUCUGCUUCUUCUCCUACGCUCGGCAGUGUUCUUACGCUUAUCAACGAAGCACGCUUCGAUCUUGGCAAGGGAUCGAUCGGGUUUGUUAACCCUACGGCGUAUGCGCAUCCUGAAGUGUUCAAUGAUGUGACGCAAGGGGGCAAUCAAGGCUGUGGCACUGCUGGGUUCCAGGCGACGAAAGGCCGGGAUCCUGUUACGGGGUUGGGCACGCCCAAUUCUCCGAGGAUGCUGGAAUUGUGGUUGGGGCUGCCUUGA